ACUCCCUUUUCAGCUCAACUAGCAAUAUAGCAACAAGCAAUAUAGUCUUUACACAUUAUUACAUAUAUGGAUUUUGGAUGAAUGAAAAUAAGUGUUGAUACCGUGACUGUGACCCAUUUACGCUCAAGAAUACUUAAUAAUUCACUUAGAUACGAUUUUAGUGGUAGUGGUAGAUAAUAUCGUUUUGUAUUUUUAUUGACAUACGUACUCGUAGUAUAAGUAUAAGAUAAAAUAUAAGAAAAGUAUAAGAUAGAAAAUCUCAAAUCAUAAAAAUAUGGCUGCCAUGGGCGAGCCUCUUACUUUAGCAAGAGACGUUAAAAGGUCUAUAGAAUUAUUAGACAAAUUGCAAAAGGGAGGAGAGGUUCCUACAACAAAAUUGGCAGCAUUACAGAAAGUAUUGCAAAGUGAUUUUCUUAGUGCGGUACGGGAGAUAUAUGAGCACGUGUAUGAGACUGUUGAUAUUCAGGGUUCACAGGAUGUACGCGCAUCUGCAACUGCAAAAGCAACUGUUGCCGCUUUUGCAGCUAGUGAAGGUCAUGCACAUCCACGUGUAGUUGAAUUGCCAAAAACAGAAGAAGGACUUGGUUUUAAUGUAAUGGGAGGCAAAGAACAGAAUUCGCCUAUUUAUAUAUCUCGUAUUAUUCCUGGUGGUGUUGCUGACAGACAUGGUGGUUUAAAACGUGGGGAUCAACUUUUGUCCGUUAAUGGAGUGUGUGUUGAAGGUGAAAAUCAUGAAAAGGCGGUAGAAUUACUGAAACAGGCUCAAAAUUCAGUAAAAUUAGUAGUUCGUUAUACUCCACGUGUUCUCGAAGAAAUGGAAUUACGUUUUGAUAAACAAAGAGCUGCUCGUAGACGUCAACAUAUGCAAUAAAUAUUUAAAAUGCAAAAUAUUUAAUUACUAAAGAAAUUUAUCGACUGUAGUCUAUCUACACAACUAUACAUUUAAACUAUUUAUGCUUAUAGUUAUAAUUAAGUUAGCGUAUAUCUGAUAAUUGUAUUCAUGUUCUCGUUCGUCAAUAAAUAUAAUCUAUUAUCUGUA